AUGGAGACCAACAGGGCUAGUGAACACUCCAUUCAAGUUCCUCCUGGAGUUUACCCGCUCAACGGGCAUGACUCUGUGAACGAAGGUCCCAAAACAGAGCUUAUCUACCCAGAUUUCAAGAUUUGGCAGCAUUCUCCACAAGAUGACAUUAUAAUGACUAGAUAUCUUCAAAAGGGUUUUUUUGAAGCGCCUGUGGUCCAAAAUGAGUCCUUAUCUGCUCGAAGUCUGAUGGCCGUGAGUCUCCAUGAAAACUCCAACGAGCCCAAUGCAUCCGAAGAGCAGACAGCCAAGGCUCCGAAUCCAAAGAUAAAGCUUUUAAGUGAUUACAUUAUACAAGCAAUUUUCCAAAGACGACAGUUGAGUAAGAUACACACCAAAGUGAUAGUCAGACCUCCUCCAAGGGUAACUCUGACCGAACACAAGAGAGAAAAAUGGAUGGAAAAUUUGGCCAAUACCAGAAUCCCUUUGUCCCAAUUAGCUAGAGCUAUCCCCCAUGGUAUCAAGAACCGAAUACUGCUGGAGCAGUGCUGUCUGUAUAAUGUUCCUGUUGCCCGUGCUGUCUGGUUGGUCAAAUGCGUGGCAGGUAACGAAGUCAGAGUGUUGAGAAGGAAGGUCCAGCAGUCCAGCACCAAUGCUCUUUCCACCAACGCAAUUUUCAAUACCUGGCUUUCUGAUUGGACCGACCAGGUUACCAACUUUUUAGAGCGGUUCAUGAUUAGCAUAUUUACUCCAAAUCAAAAAGAUUGGAGGGAAAGGUCCAACUACAACCUUACUUUGGUAGGAAAUCUCUUCAUGGAAGAUCUUUUGAGACAAGACAAGUUCUUGGGUUGGAUUGUGUCUUUUUUGCGCCAAUGCUUGGUUAAGUUAUCCUCUGGUUCGAAAGAAGAGCCAGAUCAUGUAUCGCAGGGAUUAAACUUGCUUACCAUUCAUUUGGUAAUUCUACGUCUGUUCUGGUUCAAAAUCCUAAAAUCAGAUCACAUAUCAAAGGAAGCAAGUGUGGUCCUUUUACAAUUGCAUGCCAAAUUAGUGGACAAAAGUACACUCCAGUCGGGAAACUCCCCGUCAACAUUUAUCAUCGAGCUCAAGGAGAACAUUAAUUUUUUGAUCAAGUAUCUUUUCUAUUACAGUCCUGAUGCUUUCAUCAUUCCCAACUAUUGGCAUGAUUUGAAACACACAUUGAAGAAAAUUUUGGACACUUCUAACAACCUGGUUCGAACGCAGUUCAAGCUUGUAACCUACAGGAAUGAAUCCCUAAUUGUCAAUCUGCCGCAAUCUUUAAACAAACCCUUGAACUUGAACCAAGAUGAGCCUUUGCAGAGCAACAGGGAUGAUCUCCUCAAAUCACUGGAUACGUUUUUUUCCUCCUCUGAUUCUAUUGGCACGUUGACGUCGUUGGUUUUUGAAAAGAUAGACGAAGAUGAAGAAACAGAGAUCAAAACUUUUGCUCCAGACAUAGAACCCAAUGAACCAGAGGCCUCUGAGACAAUAGAGAUAGAUUCGCCUAUUAAGAAUUCUCCCAUUCCUAAUAAUAAAGAAGUUUCACCCCCAAUCACAACCAAGAAAGGAAACAAGAAGGAUACCAGAAAGUUAUGGAGUUACAAUUUCAGACUGUUGCUAAAUUGGUCUAUAUCAAAUUACCGAAACCAAAGCUCGUCUGUUGUUCAGGUGAAUCUUGUUGUUUCUAUUUUAGAACAGAGGCUACGAGAAAUUUAUUCAAACACAACCAAUCUUAGAGCCAAAAAGUUGAAACUGGAAAUUGAGCUUGAGCUAUUGGACUGGAUAUUCCAGAUUAACGAUUCUUACAAUGUUUUGAAGCAGAAUAACGAGACAGAAAUUGUAUAUAAACUAGAGACAUUGGAAUAUCUUUGUGCAAGAUGUUACCAAUCUGGAUUGUUGACUGUUUCAUCUUACAUAAGAAAACUUAUCGCUUCCGGAGUUAUCUAUCUUCCAGAUUGCUUCAAAAAUAGCACAAUCCACAGCUUAGUUCUGAAAAGCUUACCUGUUUUGAAGAAUAAUAAUUUGGACAAUAUUCUAAGAAAGCUCUCAAACAAAGAGGAACCGUAUGAUAGUGCCAAAGACAUCUUAUUCUUCGAAGAAGCAAAAUCAAGUUUGCUCCCGUUUAUCGAAUGGAUUGUCAGUGAUUUUGAGAUUAACCUUGAUCCUGUCUGGAACUGUUUAAAGUCUCUGGAUACUAAAACGGCUAUAUUAGUCUCUGAAUGGUUUAUGAGUGAGACUUUUCGUCUUCUCUUCGAACGAACUGCAAACAAGAACCAAGUAAAGGUUACAGAGAAGAAACUAAGUUUAAUAACCUACGCAUUGGUCGAAAAAUUAAAUUGUUUACCUCAGUUCUACGUGAAGCUCCUGCAGGCAUUUGCUCUUGAGUUGAAGUCGUUUUCAAUAGAUAAAAUGACAAUGAUAUUUAUCUCCGAGAUUAUCCAGUUUCACGAGCAACAGGCGGCUGUUUUUUCCGCCAAGGAAGAGACUAAUGCCUAUACGAAUAUGAUCAAGUCUUUGUUUCAGGUCGUCGAUGAGGGUAAGUAUCUGAUCAACUGGACAGUAUUCAAACCAACACUGGUCAAUGAUAAAAAUGUUAUAUCAGAGCUUUCUAAGAGGAUUGAACUAUCCAAAAAGAGUUACAUCAAGGACUUAUCCAACCUCUAUCAACUUAACUUACGUUCAUCUUCAUUCUUACUCCAUAACAUGAAUUCCAAAGUUGAGAAUUUGUUGAAUUUCAACGGCCUUGUACACAACACACACACAUUAGCGGGUCGACUAUGGGAUAUGGUCAGGAAGAAAUCUUUCACUAACACAGAUAUACCACCCGACCAGUAUGAAAGAGACCUCUUCCAGUCGCUGAAGCUAAUGAAAUUGGAAAGGCCGAAUGAUUUGGUCAAAGCAGUUCUAGCGUAUACGAAGAAAAACGUUUUGGCCACAUUGUCCUUGGAGUACACAUCGAUAACUACUUAUAUUUUGAAACUCUUUUUGAAUGAAGUUCUAGAUUUGGAACAACUUUGGGACUUAUUCAGCACCGUUAACGAUACUUUCACUGACGUCAGCUGCCAGAAGUUUUUGAAAGGACUCAUGUUUGAUAAGUACUUCUCAGACAUUGAGUGUAUCCAAUUGCUCUCAGAUUUUGAACUUUUGAAAUUAAAGAUGGUUCGUUCUAAGGUGAAGCAAACGGAUUUCAAGUCAUGGUGUUCAAGGAUGAGGCAAUGCUUACUAGAAAUUGACUCACCGGAAACAAACAACGGGAGAACAAAUUCUACCCCCGUUUCAACCGAACUGGACCAACUGCCCACCUCAACCACAAAUAAUUUGCCUACUCCAAUGCAGUUAAUGAGCACUCCAACUACAGUAAGCAAUUUCGAUAGCAUGCUCUCCACGACACCUUUCAACAGCUUCUUGAGUAGAUUCAAAGACGAGGUCAUGGAGACGUGCAAGGAGAUGAUCAAUGUUCAUACGGAGCUUUCUAUAAAGUUUUUUAACGGACUAACCUCUUCCUUGCAAGGGGAGGGUAUGAGCAUAAGAAUUCUCAAUCAACUUCUGCUGCAAAACGAUCAAGUGAUCGUGAGUUGUAAUGAUAUGUCCAAAGUACUGCAAUUGCUAGACCCAUUGAAUUUGGGGGUUUGCCAACUAUUGACCAAGACCUUACAUGAAAAGGCUUUUCAGUACAAAAGAAAAAAGAACUCUAUGAACCACGAAGAAAAGUCCAGUUUAAUGGCUGAUUUAACGCUAUGUUUCCUGAAAGACCUCAUGAAAAUGCCGAAGUACCAACAUUCUGACCACAAAAGUUUGGAGUUGGUGGGAGAAUUGUUUAGAUUCCUGGAACCUGAUUUGAAAUUGCUGCUGCUGCAUUCAUGCGAGCUGUUUUUUCUUACAUCCGAGAUGUUCCCGUUGGUAAACUCCAGGGAAGAUAAUCCGGGAGACAACACACUGGACAUCCUUUACCUUAUCAUCAACAGCUGUACUAGAUAUGAAGACUUAUUUUCAUUAUCGUCCAAGUACCAGAACGGAAUUCCAAUUCCGGACAAUCUUGUUUUUUCGUUGACUGUGUCACUGGAGAAAAUGAUCGGGAAAUGCGCCCGGCCCAAAAGAAAGCUUGAUAAGCACGCCGAACAAAAAGCAAUCGAGUCAUCCAUUCUCUUGGUGUGCCGGAUCAUUCUGAUUCACAAGGGUUACCUGGUCGGAUUAAUACUCAAAAGGUCUACAGGUAACAUCAAUAAAGACUCAUUUUUGCAGAAUUUGGUGAAACUUUUCAAUUCGAAGUUCAUCAAAUCCAGCUCUAAACUCGAGAAUUUACUGUAUGACAUAAUCGUUUCUAUCAAGAUUUUGAUUGGUGAGCACAUAGGCUCCACCAAUCAUGAGAUACUGAAUGUUUCACCUCCGGAUUACAGCAAUAAACUUAAUUACCUUUUGGAGAAUGUUUCCUUCCAGGACGGCUUGCGUAUGAGCAAUGACAGCCAAGAACUAUUCGUUCAAAACACGAAGACCAAAACCUUGAGCAAGUUCUACAUUCGCCCUUAUGAGUUGCUGCCCGAGACUACUACGAAGAUGGAGGAGAGCUGUAUCAACCUGCACCUGUUCAAUGCAUCCACAGAACUGAAAAAUCCUAAAUGA